UGCUUCCGGUGCCGUCACGGGACAGAGCAGUCGGUGACAGCCCCGACGGCCCCCGCCCCGCACCCAUGGCUGAGCCGGACCGAGGGGCUCCACUGAGCAGGCUGCAAGGCCGGUGGGGCAGCAGGCCCACAGCACACUCUCCGAGCAGGAGCCAGCCCUGGGCCGCGCCAUGCAUUCAUGGGCUAAGUCCUCUGAGCUGUACUUCCAAGAUAGGAGCCCUGAGACUCAGACAGGACUCAGAGUCAGACACUGAGGAAGGAGCAGCUGGCGGAGAAGCAGAGAUGGACUUCCUGCGGAAUUUCUUCUCCCAAACGCUGGGCCUGGGCACCCAGAAGGAGCGUCUGCUGGAUGAGCUCACCCUGGAGGGGGUGACCCGAUACAUGCAGAGUGAGCGCUGUCGCAAGGUCAUCUGUUUGGUGGGAGCUGGAAUCUCCACGUCGGCAGGCAUCCCCGACUUCCGCUCUCCAUCCACGGGCCUCUACGCCAACCUAGAGAAGUACCGUCUUCCCUACCCAGAGGCCAUCUUUGAGAUCGGCUACUUCAAGAAACAUCCAGAACCCUUCUUCGCCCUUGCCAAGGAACUCUAUCCUGGGCAGUUCAAGCCCACCAUCUGUCACUACUUCAUCCGCCUGCUGAAGGAGAAGGGGCUGCUUCUGCGCUGCUACACGCAGAACAUAGACACCCUGGAACGAGUGGCGGGGCUGGAGCCCGAGGACCUGGUGGAGGCCCACGGCACCUUCUACACGUCGCACUGUGUCAGCCCCCUGUGCCGGAGAGAGUACACACUCGAUUGGAUGAAAGAGAAGAUCUUCUCCGAGGUGACUCCAAAGUGCGAGAAAUGUCAGAGCGUGGUGAAGCCUGACAUCGUGUUUUUCGGGGAGAACCUUCCAGCGCGUUUCUUCUCCUGCAUGCAGUCAGACUUCCAGAAGGUGGACCUGCUUAUCAUCAUGGGCACCUCUCUGCAGGUGCAGCCCUUUGCAUCCCUCAUCGGCAAGGCCCCCCUCAGUACCCCACGCCUGCUCAUCAACAAGGAGAAGACCGGCCAGACGGACCCGUUCCUGGGGAUGAUGAUGGGCCUUGGAGGAGGCAUGGACUUUGACUCCAAGAAGGCCUACAGGGACGUGGCCUGGCUGGGGGACUGUGACCAGGGCUGCCUGGCCCUCGCUGAUCUCCUUGGAUGGAAGAAGGAGCUGGAGGACCUUGUCCGGAAGGAGCAUGCCAGAAUAGAUGCCCAGUCAGGAUCGGGGGCCCCCAAUCCCACCUCUUCAGCUUCCGCCAGCAAGACCCCACCACCGGCCAGGGAGGAGGCCAGGACCACAGAGGGAGAGAAACGCCAAUGACAGCCCCAGGCUCGUCUGGACAGCCGAGCCCCAGCCAGCCCUGCCUCCUAACUUGCAGCUCUUGCCUGGAGAGCUCAGACCAUCCCCCCAGUCCCCUAACCACUCCCUCCCAAAGCCGGGGUCCCCCCAACCACAGCAGAUCUCUAACAUCUAGGAACUGAGCCCGACUCUAACAGCCCACAAUCUUGCUGCUCCCUGGGUAAGGAGCGACCUCCACUAAUUUCUAACUAUUUCCCGGGCCCAUGGCCAAGCAGACCAGCUCUCCCCUGCCUUGACCCCCAACAGGGCUGUGGGCUCUGCUCAUGUAACUUGCACCCAGUGCAGGGGCGGGGGCCUGGGCUCCCAGGUCUCUGUCUCUGCCUCCCAAAGUGGACACUGGGCCCUCUUCCCUUGGGACCCACCCCCAUGUGGGAUGGGUAGGUUUUGCUUAUUGGAGACACAUUAAAAACAAAACCAAAAACAACUAGUAA